CCGCUGCCGCCGCGACCCGGACUGCGCGCCAGCACCCCCCGGCCGACAGCUCCGCCGCCGUGGAGGACAUGAACGAGUUCAGCAACAUAGAGGAGUUCGCAGAGGGAUCCAAGAUCAACGCGAGCAAGAACCAGCAGGAUGACGGUAAAAUGUUUAUUGGAGGCUUAAGCUGGGAUACGAGCAAGAAAGAUGUGACCCAGUAUCUGUCCCGGUUUGGGGAAGUGGUGGACUGCACGAUUAAGACGGACCCGGUGACCGGAAGAUCGAGAGGAUUCGGAUUCGUGCUUUUCAAAGACGCGGCUAGUGUCGACAAGGUGUUGGAACUGAAGGAACACAAACUGGAUGGCAAAUUGAUAGACCCCAAAAGGGCCAAAGCUUUAAAAGGGAAAGAACCGCCCAAAAAGGUGUUUGUGGGUGGAUUGAGCCCAGAUACUUCGGAAGAACAAAUUAAAGAAUAUUUUGGAGCCUUUGGAGAGAUUGAAAAUAUUGAACUUCCCAUGGAUACAAAAACAAAUGAAAGAAGAGGAUUUUGUUUUAUCACAUAUACAGAUGAAGAGCCAGUAAAGAAAUUAUUAGAAAGCAGAUAUCAUCAAAUCGGUUCUAGGAAGUGUGAAAUCAAAGUUGCACAACCCAAAGAGGUAUACAGGCAGCAACAGCAGCAACAAAAAGGAGGAAGAGGUGCUGCAGCUGGUGGACGAGGUGGCACUAGGGGUCGUGGACGAGGUCAUGGCCAAAACUGGAACCAAGGAUUUAAUAACUAUUAUGAUCAAGGAUAUGGAAAUUACAAUAGUGCCUAUGGUGGUGAUCAAAACUAUAGUGGCUAUGGCGGCUAUGAUUAUACUGGGUAUAACUAUGGGAACUAUGGAUAUGGACAGGGAUAUGCAGACUACAGUGGCCAACAGAGCACUUACGGAAAGGCAUCUCGAGGGGGUGGCAAUCACCAAAACAAUUACCAGCCAUACUAAAGGAGGACAUUGGAGAAAACAGGAGGAAAUUGCUAAAGUUAACCCAUCUUGCAGGAUGACAUUGAAGAUUGGUCUUCUGUUGAUCUAAGAUGAUUAUUUUGUAAAAGACUUUCUAGUGUACAAGACACAAUUGUGUCCAACUGUAUAUAGCCGCCAAUUAGUUUUCUUUGUUUUUACUUUGUCUUUUGCUAUCUGUGUUAUGACUCGAUGUGGAUUUGUGUCUAUACAAAUUUUAUUUGUAUGAUUUCAUGAUAAACCUCAAAUAAAUGCUUCCUUAUGUGAAAAAAAAAAAAAAAAA